AUGACGUGGAAAGUUAGUAAACUGUGUGGAGGAGUGGUGAGGAUUUAUAGCACUCUCUUGUUUUUCCUCUUUCAGAUUACAGCAAAAACAGCUGUCAUUUUUGUUACACUUCAGUAUAAUGUUACCUUUCCUGCCACAGAAGAACAAUCUGCAGAAACAAUCUCUCUCUACAACUAUGGCAUCAAAGACUUGGCUACAAUUUUCUUUUACAUGCUUGUAGCAAUAAUCAUACAUGCUAUAAUUCAGGAGUAUGUACUGGAUAAAAUUAACAGGAAAAUGCACUUUUCAAAAACAAAGCAUAGCAAGUUCAAUGAGUCUGGGCAACUUAGCGCAUUCUACCUUUUCUCCUGUGUUUGGGGAACAAGUAUUCUUGUCUCUGAGAACUAUAUAUCAGAUCCAACCUCUCUGUGGAGGGACUAUCCGCACACUCUGAUUCCGUUUCAAAUGAAGUUUUUCUACAUCUUACAGUUGGCAUACUGGUUUCAUGCUUUUCCAGAGUUGUACUUCCAGAAAACUAAAAAAGAAGAUAUCUUUCGCCAGAUUGUCUACAUUGGACUUUAUCUCUUUCAUAUUGCUGGAGCCUAUCUCCUGAAGCUGACCCAUCUUGGACUUGUUCUUCUGGUAUUGCAUUACUUUGUUGAAUUUCUUUUCCACAUAUCCCGUCUGUUCUACUUCAGUGAUGAAAGAUACCAGAAAGGAUUUUCACUGUGGGCAGUUCUUUUUGUGUUGGGAAGGCUUCUCACCUUGAUUCUCUCGGUCCUCACUUUUGGCUUUGGACUGGCAAGAGCAGAAGAUCAGCAGCUGAAUUUCAGUACUGGAAACUUUAACAUCCUGGCUGUUAGAAUCAGUGUGCUGGCCUCCAUCUGCAUGACUCAGGCGUUUAUGAUGUGGAAGUUCAUUAAUUUUCAGCUUCGGAGGUGGAGAGAGCAUUCUUCUCAGCCUCAGUCGGUGAAAAAGAAGUUCGUAACAACUAAAGGAAAGUCCUCCAGAAAAGAAAGAGAAAAUGGAAUAAAUGGAACAGUGACCUCAAAUGGAGCAGACUCGCCUCGUAACAGGAAGGAUAAAUCCUCGUAAAACUGGGUUUUAUUAAGUUAAUUGACUAAUGUCCCCAAAGAAUCUGCUUUUUACAUGGAUGGCCCUUCAGCACUAGAGAUGUUAUGGAUUAAAGAAAAUACAAUUCAUGUUUUUUGAUUAUUGCUGUUGUUUUGAGAAACUUUUUUUAAAAGCCGUUUUGACUAAGGAAAAAGGUUUAUCUGUCUUCAAAUACUUGGGUGGGGUGGGAUACAAGACUUUUUAAAUAACAUUGACACUUUUUUAAACAUUUAUUGUGAUGAAAUAACUUCACUUAACGAGGAUCACUGUUGCAAUGUAUUACUUCGUCCCAGUUUUUGUAAUCUUGGUGAUACAUACUGUUCUACCAACUUCACUUUUUCCAAGUUCUUCAAGAAGCAUUGCAAAAUUGAAGUAAAAACUGAGUAUGUAUUUUCAGAUACCCUGGCUUUUCAGUUAAUUACCUUGAUUCAAAUUUACAGUUCAAAUUGGGAUUCCGAGACCACACCAGUAAACCUCUUUAUUUUGUAGUUAUUAGCUACGCAAUGUCUGCUCUAAGUAUUGCCCCAUGUCAUUAAAACAAAAGUGAA